AUGAUACUGUGCGGCCGUUCUCCAGGAACACAAAACGCCGAACCGACGGCCGGCCCGAGUCCCUUCGUUCCUGGAGCGAGUACUGACAGGCAGCAGCGCUCUUCUUUUUAUCGGGAAGAAGGUGUGGGAACUCUCGGCGGAGUAGAUAGACGCGCGCCCCAGAACGUCAUGAGAGGUCUGAUUUUUCUGUUCGCCACGGCGGUGACAUGUCGAGCCGCGUACGUCGGUUCGUCCGCGUACGGCAAUCCCGUGAUUCAUUCUCAACCCCAACCGAGUCACGCGCCGCCGGCCCCGGUCGGCGAAGACGGAAACGUGAUUGACACGCCGGAAGUGGCGCAAGCAAAGGCCGCGCACUUCGCCGAAUUCGCGAGAGCCGCCGCACGAGCGGCUCAAAAUGAGAAACAGCACUCUUCUGUUUACAAUCCGCAAAUUUCGUCGCCAGCUUACAGCUACCAGGCCGUUCAACCGACCGCGGUGCCCUUCUUGAGACAAGCCAACUAUCAGCAACCGACUCCGAUUUAUCAGACGCCCAAUCACGUGCAAGCGCCCGUUUACACCCCCGUGCAUUAUCAGCAACCCCAGCAGCAGUUCGACGCCCGGGCCAACUUUGUGGGUCAGAAGAGCUACACGCUGCCCGCGAAACCCACCGCUUUUGUGCCGGCGCCACUGGCCGAAGACGGAACAGUCGUCGACACACCGGAAGUGGCGGCCCUGAAAGCUGCCAGACUGGCGGAACUCGCCGAGGCUGAGGCCCGGGCUUACAAGCACGCGAACGCUCAUCCGGAGGAGGACCAGGGUCAAGUAUAUUCGGGAUCGCCAGCCGGUCCCGCUCCCACCAGUCUGGGACAUUAUGGGUCUUCCCGAGCGUUCCCGGGAACCUCCUAUCCCGGAACUCAGCCCUACGCCGCGCAGCAAGCGUUCAAUCCGGCCUUCGGUUAUCAACCUCAGCAGUAUCAAUCUCAGCAUCUGAUAAGAAUAGUUCUGACCGCGACGAGCCUGUUGAUCGGCACAACGGAGCAGUCGAUAUCGCUGUACGAGCAUCAUGGACCGUGGGCGCCGAUUUCCAGCGACGGUACGGUCGUGGACACGCCCGAGGUCGUCCAAGCCAGAGCCGCGCAUUUAGCCGCGCGCGCUGCCGCAAUAGCCAGAUUGACGAAAGCCCGGAUCGAGCUGUCACCCGUGACGGAUGCAACGGCGGAAGUGCCGUCGGAAACGACAAGUCAGACAAUCACAAGUGCACCCGCAACGGAACAAACCGCCGAUGAUGAUCAGAGGUCGAUGGCACCCCUGGGACAGGACGGACUCGUCGUUGAUACGUCAGAGGUUGCCGCAGCCAAGGCCAAACAUCUCGCGAUACGCGCACGCAUCGAGGCGGAAUCCGCGGUCCCGGAAUUCAACGCCUACGGACACGAAGAGAAUCUGCUCUACUUGCCGCCGAUCCGCGUAGUGUCGCCCAUCGUCUAUCGGGGACCGUCGGCCCCGCUGGGCCCGGACGGACAAGUCGUUGACACGCCGGAAGUGGCGGUGGCGCGUGCGGCCCACUUGAAGGCCCACGCGCGCGCGGUUGCGCUUACAACCGGUUAUGAUAUCUACUGUUAA